GAUAACAAAGCGCAGGCAGCAAACCAGCUACAGGCACACAGCAUAGCUUUGGUGUUGUAGCGAGCUCUAGCCAUGGCAUCUGCCUCUUGCAUUUCUUUGCUGUUGCUGGUAGCUCUGGCCGCCACGGCGGUGUCGGCCCAGCUGUCGCCGACGUUCUACGACACGUCGUGCCCCAGGGCCCUGGACACCAUCAAGAGCGGCGUGACGGCUGCCGUGAGCAGCAACCGCCGCAUGGGCGCGUCGCUGCUCAGGCUGCACUUCCACGACUGCUUUGUUAAUGGCUGCGACGCGUCCGUUCUGCUGUCAGGCAACGAGCAGGACGCGCCUGCGAACAAGGGCUCACUGCUGGGCUUCAGCGUCAUCGACAACAUCAAGACCCAGGUGGAGGCUAUCUGCAAGCAGACCGUCUCCUGCGCUGACAUCCUCACCGUCGCCGCCCGCGACUCUGUCGUCGCCCUCGGCGGGCCGUCAUGGACAGUUCCUCUCGGGAGACGGGACUCGACGAGCGCAACCGGGGAUACCGGGGACCUCCCGGCCCCAGACUCCAGCGUGGAACAGCUCCAGGCCGCGUUCUCCAAGAAGAACCUCAACACGGUGGACAUGGUGGCGCUCUCGGGAGCGCACACCAUCGGUCAGGCGCAGUGCCUCAACUUCAGGGACAGGCUCUACAACGAGACCAACAUCGACACGGCCUUCGCGACGUCACUCAAGGCCAACUGCCCGCGACCCACCGGCUCCGGCGACGGCAGCCUGGCGCCGCUGGACACGACAACGCCCAACGCGUUCGACAACGCCUACUACACCAACCUGCUGUCCCAGAAGGGGCUCCUGCACUCGGACCAGGUGCUCUUCAACAACGCUGCCACCGACAACACCGUCAGGAACUUCGCCUCCAGCGCGGCGGCCUUCUCCAGCGCCUUCGCCACGGCGAUGGUCAAGAUGGGCAACAUCCAGCCGCUCACCGGGACGCAGGGACAGAUCAGGCUCAGCUGCUCCAAGGUGAACUCGUGAUCAACGUACCACCCGACUCGCCAGCACUAUACGUGAAUGAAUAAGGCCACAGAAACUAGCGGCCAAUACUUCGGGAGUACCAGCGCAGUUCUACACUAGCUAGAACCGUGUAUAUAUAUAUAUAUAUACGUGCAGCAGAAAAUUAUGCAUGCACCUAGUACAUAUGUAACUAUCUAAUUCUAUCAUGCAAAGGCAUGCAGAAUUACUUGAAGAACCCACAGAGCUAUAGAAAGUUAUGCUGGCAUAUCCUUGAAA